CCACUUGAAUACGUUGGCACAYUACGACUGUCGACAUGUCAGAAUAUCAACCCAUAAUAGGAAAAUGGCGGAAUACUACAAGAAUCUUGCCUCGGGAUUGAUGUAUUUACUUGCUAUAGUCAGGAAAGCCUUUUAGUGAUUUUUGUUUUGCUUGGAGGUUAUUUGUCAAUAUGAGCUCUCAAAAAGGUCCUUCAUCUGGCCCGAAAACAUCCAAAACCAAGCUUGGUAAAAUGGGUAGAAUUGCAUCCAUGCGGACAACAAAAUCCAAGAAAGAUAAGUAUAAUGGCGGUCAUAAGCACAAGGAGCGAGUUGSAAGUACUAAAGAAGAAGAUGGCGAAGGAUGCCAAGAACUGGGAGAAGWACUUGAACGUAUCAAACAUUUACCUACUGAAGACUUUAACAAGAUGUUUGAGAAAAUGUUGGAUGACAUGAACUUAUCAGAAGCUCAUAGAAAUCCUAUUCGUGCUAGAGAUAUGGACACAAAGAGGGAUAUGAUGAUAAGCUUCMAAAGAAGGCAGCUCAUAUCUGAGCAACAAUCAAGUGAAGGCCCAUCAUCUGCUAGUGACUAUGUCARAGAACUACAGAAAGCUCCUGAAAAUCUUGAGGCUUUACUUAAUUUACUACAAUCCUGUCGUGUUUCCUUAACAGGAAGACCAUUAAGCUGGAUCCAAGAGUUUGGUGAAUCAGGAAUGCACUGUUUAUUAAGUCAUUUAAGAAACUCCUGUUCAAGUACUGGUAAUGUUGAGAAAAGAAUACAACAUGAGUGUGUGAGGUGUUUAAAGGCAUUCAUGAACAAUAAGUAUGGCUUAUCUCUAACAAUGAAAAGCAAAGAUGGACUAACUUUACUUGCACGAUCUAUGGAUCCCAUCUUUCCCAGUAUGAUGGCAGAUGUUGUUAAGGUUAUUGCUGCUGUGUGUCUAGUGGAACAUGAGAGAACAUUGGAAGCAAUGACCACUUGUGGUGAAAUGGAGAAAAAAGGAAGGUUUAGUAAGAUAGUAGAAGCUCUGCAUGAUGACCACACUGCACUUAAGGUUGCAUGCAUCCAGUUAAUCAAUGCUCUAGUCAGUACUCCUGAAGAUCUGGACUUUAGGUUGCAUCUCAGAAAUGAAUUUAUCAGAGAAGGACUCAAUGAUGCUAUACAGGAUUUGAGGGACCUUGAUAAUGAUGACUUAAAURUGCAACUAGAUAUCUUUGAAGAUCACAAAGAAGAUGAUGCUGUUGAAUUUCAACACAGAUGGAAAGAUAUUACUAUAAACUUUGAAGACACAGUUGAAAUAUUCCAAAUAGUGAAUAACCUCGUACAAGACACCCCAGCAGACCAUUUGUUGCUUUCUAUCCUACAACAUUUCUUGUUAAUAAGAGAUGAUGUAUAUGCAAGGCCUCAGUACUACAAGUUGAUAGARGAAUGUGUAUCUCAGAUUGUACUCCAUCGCAGUGGAGUAGAUCCAGAUUUUGCUACAAGAAGAUUUCAAAUAGAUGUUGAACCAUUGAUAGAGGGCCUCGUUGAUAAAGCAAAAUAUGAAGAAGCAACAGAUAAAUCAUCACAAUUAGAAACAAAGUUAGAAAUAGAGACUACAAUGAGACAAGAAUGUGAGGCAAAACUCAAUUUAGCCACAACWAAUUCUGCUGAGAAGAUCAAGAGCUUGGAAAACGAGAUUGAAGAACUAAAGAAAAGAGAAGCACAACCUGGAGGUGGAUCAGUGCCAGCUCCACCACCCCCACCAGGAGCAGUUGGAGCGCCCCCUCCCCCUCCUCCACCCCCACCUGGAAUAGGGGGAGCACCACCACCACCACCACCACCCCCACCGGGAAUGGGUGGAGGACCACCACCUCCACCCCCACCCCCACCAGGAAUGGGUGGAGGACCACCACCACCACCACCCCCACCAGGAGUGGGUGGAGGACCACCACCGCCCCCACCUCCACCAGGUAUGGGUGGUCCUCCUCGGCCACCAGGUGGAAUGCCUCCUCCUUUUGCACCUCCUGGACAACAGUUACCACCUGGUGUACUCCCAAAAAAAAAGUACAAGCCUGAAAUACAAACUAAAAGAGCCAACUGGAAUAAGAUCAACACAAGAAAUCUAACUGAAAACUGCUUCUGGGCCAAAACCAAGGAAGACAAACUUGAAAGAAAAGAAUUAUUUGAAGAGCUGUCUCGAACAUUUGCUGCGAAGAGUGCCCCAAAGAAAUUGGACAAGGAAGAUGGUGGAGAGAAGCCUGURCAAAAAAAGAAGGCUAAAGAACUUAAAGUAUUGGAUCCAAAGAGUGCACAGAACAUGUCUAUCUUCCUUGGUUCCAUGAAAUUAUCACAUGAAGAAAUCAAAAAGCAUAUUCUGAGAUGUGAUCAAGAGAAACUCAGUGUCAGUGCUUUGGAAUCCUUACUAAAGUAUCUGCCUUCAGCAGAUCAGAUGGAUCAGCUGUCCAAUAUGAAAGAUAAUAUCAGUGAACUGAGUGAUCCUGAACAAUUUGCUUGUCAUCUAAGUGACAUCAAAAACCUUGAAAAGAGGCUGAACUCUAUGCUGUUUAUGCUGCAAUUUCCAGAAGAGAUGGCAGAUACAAAACCGAAUGUGGUUAAUGCAACAGCGGCAUGUAGAGAAGUCAAGACAAGUCCAAAGUUUGGGAAACUUCUUGAAUUAAUUCUUUUGCUUGGUAACUACAUGAACGCCGGCUCGAGAAACGAAGGCACAAUAGGAUUUGAAAUGAACUACUUAACAAAGCUCAAUUCUACAAAAUCUGUUGAUGGACAUAAAAAUCUACUUCACUUUUUGGCUGAAUCCGUGGAGGAAAAAUACCCAGAAAUUGCAGGGUUUGAAAACGAGCUAUCUCAUAUCGAGGCUGCUGGUAAAGUAUCGGAGGAGAUUCUUACCAAGUCCAUCAACAACAUGCAGUCUAACCUGAAAAAGAUUGAAAACGAACUUAAAGUGAUGCAGAAGAAUCCACACCCAGAUGAUARAUUUCAUGAAGUCAUGAAGGAGUUUUAUGAUGGAGCAAAAGAUCAAGUAGAUGUGCUGGAAGAAAUGCAAAAAAAUAUGACAACCAUGUUCAAAGAAGUACUGGAAUUUUUCUGUAUGGAUCCAAAGAAAGUGUCUAUGGAAGAAUUCUUUGGUGACCUCAAGAUUUUUAUUGACCAGUACAUGGCAUCAAGAAAAGAUAAUUAUAAAAGGAAAGAAAAAGAAGAAAAAGACAGAAAAGCAAAGGAGAGAGCGGAGAAAGAGAAAGAGCGUAAGAGGCAAAAGGAUUCAGAAAGACAGAAGAGAAAUCCAUUGGUAGACAUGAAUAUGGAUGAUGACCAAGAAGGAGUGUUGGAUGGUCUAAUGCAAGCUUUACAGACUGGGAGUGCCUUCAGAGAUCCCUCCAGGCCACCAAGAAAGAAGGCACAAGCUAAAAAGGGAGGUCGUCCCGUAGAUUUGCRAAGGUCUCGCACUCGCUCAAAUAUUCCUGUGCAAAAGAUAAUGGAAGCGCAAGAACUGGCUUCACCAGCCAAUGGGAAUGACGCUAAUGAAGAAAACAACCCAACACGACCACGAAGACGAAAUAAAGAUCAACGGGCGGAGAGCGAAGCGCAAGAUCUCCUAGAGCAGUUGAAGAACUUGUAAUAUGAAAUAAAUCCAACAUAAAUCCAACACAUAAGAAACCUACAGUAAARAAGCUACCCGUGGUUAUUUUAUAAACGAGUGUUCCAAGAAAAGCUUUGAAAAAGUAAUUUCCUUUAAUUGUCGAAGAYUAGUUAUUUUAAAACUAAAUAAUUGCUUUUGUGACAUAAAUAUAAAAUCUAAAGUAAUAAUUGUCUAUUAUUUUCAAACAACCAAAUAGUACGAAUAUCCGCGUUGACACAUGAGUGUUUUCUGUAUGGCUGACCUGUAUUUCCCUGCUUACAGGCACAAGUAUCGAGUACAUACUUGUAUUCGUGUGUUUACACUCACACGCAUUUUAUUGUGGUGAAUUAAGAUAUCAACAGGCUUGUUGGUUUCCCUUAAAAGUGCACUUCAUCAGACAUAUCCCCUCUCUGAAGUGAACGCUUGGUUUUCACCUACGUCAUCAAAAAUGUUGCCAGGAUUUAUAUGAAACAAAACUUCCACAGGCCAAAAGAGUAGCUAAAACUAUAUAACUCGGCCAAAAUUCUAGCUAAAAGAAGUUUUAUGCUCAUAAUUUAAUGGAAAUGUUGAAAUCUUGGUGAUCUCAUUGAGGGACACCAAUAUGGCGGCCAAAUCACGUAGGCUUAAAAUAACGAUUUUGGUAAGACUUUUCUUAUAACGCUAUAAACAACAUAUUCGACAAAAAGUUUUGUGGAGUGAAUACUCUGGAUUUAAGUUAUUUGAUGACGUGACGUGAAGACCAAGAAUAAGUAAUAUGAAUUUUGGUAUCCGUAAAUGUAUCGGCCGGGUCAAUCAGUCAUAAGCGAUAUUUAUCUGUGACUUUGAUAUUGCGAGUGUUUUAUAACUGAAUUUUAAAUGCAGAGUAUGCUCUAGAGAAGAUAAUUUUAAUAAAUUGUAAUGUUUAAUAAAUAAUUGUAAUUAUGAAUGGUAAGUUUUGUUAGGAAUAAAAKAUCUCUUCGCAAUAA